CCUGCUUCGACUUCAUAAAUAAUUUUAGCAAUUUGUGUAUUGUAAAAGAAAUUCCGGUCAAAUAAAUUUGGAUCGCAUGGGUCAAAUUGAUUCUAAUUUUAAAAAGAUCGUACAAUAGAAUAAAGGCAAUCAUAGGAUAAUAUUGAGGACAUGAUUGGUGUAAUUCAAAAGAAUGAUAUUUUGGCAAAAAUAUUUUCUAUCAUUUAAAGUGAAUCAACACAAUAUGAGAGCAGCAUUAGUUGCCUUUUACUUGUCAAUUUUUUCAACGUUAAUUAUUUUACCACCGACAACAUUGGCUGAUGAUUGGUCAGCUAGUUGCCCAUCAAAUUGUACAUGCAAAUGGACAAAUGGUAAAAAAUCAGCAAUAUGUAGUUCAUUGGAGCUAACAUCAAUACCAACAACACUUAGUACUGAAAUACAGGUUCUAGUCCUUAAUGAUAAUCAAAUAGCAUAUUUAAAUCGUGAAGAAUUCAUUAAUUUAGGACUUUUAAAUUUACAACGAAUAUACCUCAAAAAAUCCAAUAUACAGUAUAUUCACAAGGAAGCAUUUAAAAAUUUAAAAAUUUUAGUUGAAAUCGAUUUAAGUGACAAUAAAAUCGAAAUGUUAGAUAAAGAUACAUUUAUGGGUAAUGAUCGUUUAAGGAUAUUAUAUUUAAAUGGUAAUCCAAUCAAGAAAUUGGUUGCAUAUCAAUUUCCAAUUUUACCACAUUUAAGAACAUUAGAUUUACAUGAUUGCCUAAUUAAUUACAUUGAUCCAUUAGCAUUUGCAAAUUUAAAAUUAUUAGAAUUUCUGUAUUUAAAAAAUAAUUUAUUAGAAAAUCUAUCCGAAUAUGUAUUCAAGCAUAUGAACAAUUUAAAAACAUUAGUAUUAGAUGAUAAUCCAUGGCAAUGUAAUUGUAAAUUACGUAAUUUUCGUAGCUGGUAUAUUAAAAGUAAAUUGAAUAGUAUUAGCUUAACAUGUAAGGGACCAUUUCAUCAUAAAUCAAAACAUUGGGAGAAUAUUGAUGAUGCACAUUUUGGUUGUCAACCAAAAGUUGAAAUAUUUAGUAAUGAAGAUGUACAAAAUAUUGAUAUCGGUACAAAUACAACAUUUAGUUGUUUAAUAUAUGGUGAUCCAAUGCCUGAAGUAACAUGGGAAUUAAAUGGUAAAAAUUUCGAUAAUGAUAAUAUACUUUUUGAUCAGGAAAUAAUAGCAAGCGAUAAAUUAUGGAGCAAUUUAACAGUAUUUAAUAUGACGAGUUUAGAUGCUGGUACAUACACGUGUUCAGCUCAAAAUGUUGUUGGUAUUUCAAGUCAAAAUAUAAGUAUAUAUCUUACGGAAAUUGUACAGCAUGUUUUAGUUAAAACACCAGAAACCUUUUGGUAUUUUGGUUUAAUAAUGGGUACAUUUGGCACUGUAUUCUUAUUAAUAUUAUUGUCAUUUGUUGUUUGUUUAUGUAAGAGACAAACAAGACGUCGACGACAUCCUAGUAAAAAUAUUAAAGGUAGUGUUAGUUUUAAUGAUCAAGAAAAGAAAUUAUUAGAUUUGAGCAUAACAACAACAAAUGAUCGUGGUGAUAGCUGCGGAAUUGAUAAUAAUACACCAUCAAUAAAUAAAACUGAAUCGGUAAUUGGUUUUGAACCAAUUGAAAUUACAGUAGAAAAUCGUGGUAAUAGCAGUUGUUCUAGUACUGGUGGAAAUAUUCAUCAUCCAAGUAGUAGUAAUGUUAUGGUUGGAAAUUUACGUAAUAAUGACAAUGUUAGUGGUCCAAAUUCAAAUACAAAACUACAUGGUCCAACAUCAUCAUUAGUUUUAAAUAAUCCGAAUUCAGUUGGACAAGGAGGCUUAAAUAUAAAUCCCAAUGCAUGUAAUGUAGUUGCAGGUUGUGUAAAUAUAAACUCAUCGAGUGGGAAUAAUGCAAAUAGUAACGUUGUAAGUAGUUGUGCGAUACCAGAAGAGUUUCCAUUAAAUGUUGGAGUUUUUCCACCGCCACCAGAGUUUUGUUCGAAUGUUGUUGCUGCAUCAGCUAAUCCCGCCUAUGGUAAUAUAUUUAUAUCUGUAUCAGUAACUCAAGAUAUGUUAGAUAGCUCAGAUAUAAAUAUAUAUCCAGAUUUAUUAAAUAUACCAAAACGUGUUGAUAAUAGUACAGCUAUACAAACAAUGCCAAUGAAUGUAUCAUCAUUUGCCACUUUACCUAGAAAUCAAAGACGUGGAAUUUUAAAAAAGGAUACAAAUUUAUAUCCACAUGAUGAAAUUGUUAGUUAUCAUAAUUUAGAUACAAGCUAUUGUCAACCAUCUACAAAUAUACAAUUACAAGAACAUCAACAGCAUCAACAUCAUCAACACCAUCACCAACAUCAGCAACAGCAAUCAUCCUGUAGAAAUAUUGUAACUCAUUCAAAAAAUGUUACAACUCCAUCAACAGCAACAGCGUGCAUAAAUUGUAUGAAAGCUCAACCACAUCCUUAUGUUAAGGAAGAUGUAAAUACAGCAACAAAUCAAGUAGUUACAACAGCCGCAAUAUCAUCUCCACCACCACCACCUCAAUCACAAUCAUCAUCACAAAUUUUACCAAUUGGCACCGCAGUACCAAAUCCAAUGACACGACAAUGCAAUAUUCAAACACCGUCACAAAUUUUAAAUUAUGAUAAUAUGGGUAGACGUAUAACAGCAAGCGGUAAUUCAACUUUAUCAUUACCUGAUGAAGAGGAACGAGAAAACGAACAAAUUUUUAAUGAAACAAAUCAAUUAAGAACAUUUAAAUCAACACAAAAACAUCAUCAAGCACAACAAACUUCAUCAGGAUCAUCAUCAUCAUCAACUUCGCAACAACAACAGCAACAUCAAAAACAACAAUCAUCAACACAAACAUCGAAACAAACUCAAGAAUGUAUGACAACUUCAACAGGAUCUGAUUUCGUUUCACUAUAGUUUAAUUUUUGUAAUUAAAAUCAAAAACCUCCCGUACUAUGCUUGUACUUCAUGUUAUGUAUGUAUGUAUAAACAUAAGUGUGCAAUAUAUAAAAGUGCAUUCAAACAAUAAUUUGUGCACGAAAUCCUUCUUUAUUAUAAAAAUUUAAUUAAUUAAUUUUCUGAAAUUUUAAAUACCUACUUUAUUUUUUUUCAAAAAAAAAAAAAUUAAAAGAAAAUCAACCGAAAGCAUGCAAAAAAUAAUUGUAAAUGAAAAUAUUUAGUAUAAGGCCAAAGUGGUUAAGCAAAUAUAAAAUGAUAUGAAAGUUCGUAUAGAAAUAUGCACAUAUAUAUUAUAUAUAUACAUAUUUAUAUCAAUUUGCACAUAACUGUGUAUGUGUGGCCAUAUAUUUGCUAAAUCCUUAUUCAGAAAUGAAAAGAAAAAACAAUUUACGAUUAAACUUUAAAAUUAUUGAAUUGAUACGUCAACUUCCGCAAUACCACUAAAAAAAUAAAUAAACAAAGAACAGUAAACUUCUGAUUGAACAUCUGCCUGCCUUUAUCCUUCGGUCAGCGUUUCAAUAAAACUAUACCAUUUAUCUUGAUUAAAGAAAAUUAUAUUUUGUUUUCUUCUUUACAUUUUUAAUGAAUGCAGUGUGAUAAAAAAUCACAAAACUAAAAAAAAUUUAAAAAAUUUAAAAUAUAAAAACCGUAAGCUACAGACUGAAACAAAUUUUUUUUCCAUUAACACUUUGGGUACAUUCUCCUACUAUAGGAGAAUGAAUAUGCCGUGACGGCAAUUUAGAGCCAUAAAUUGAUUGAAACAAAGAAUUUGAAUAAAAUUGUGAGAAGAUUAAUAAGUAUUUUGUAGUAAGAACAAGAACUCAAGGAAAUUUUUUUAAAUAAGAGAG